CGCAAAUUAUUUGUCGAGCUGCGUAGAAGUUGCAAGUGCAACAGACUGAUAAUUGCUGAAGCUGGAACUGCAGCAUUCAUCUGGCUGCUACAAAGACUAAAAUGAACAAUACAGGUGGCCGCGUUUACUGACUGCUAUGUAUGUACGGACGCGCACUGUAAUGCAAAAGUAGCUGCACCAGCACCAGCAUCGAAAAGCAUCAAAUUUAGAAGUCGCAAGCGCAGAGGUGACGGUCACAACAAGAUAGCCCGUUUGCAAGGGUGAUACGCCUCACAUAGCAUCGACGAAAUUUCAGGUCUCCGUGACAUGAUAUUUUUAUCUGCAGCAGAACUACUAGCUGCUUGUGCUUUCGCUGUCGCACUACUUCUUGGCCCUUUUAGAAAAGUCCUGGGAAAGAAUAAGAUAUAAAAACUUCUACAUCCCUGAUUCUCAUAUUAUUUGGAAGGAACACAGCAGAUGAAAUCUAUAGAACACAAUGGUGAAGAACCCGUGCGACUGCAGGCGAGCUGCAAAUGCUACGCGAACACUUUAACGGUGCAAGUGGCCAGCCCGGACGAUGUGCUGAUGCUCGCUUGCCACUGCGCACAGUGCCGCAAGCACUCGGCCGCGGCUUGGGGUGUCUACCUCUACAAGGGGAUAUGAAAGCCUCAGGUUGGAAAUCCUCAAAGUGGAAAUGAUUUGUAAUGCAAAAAAACGACUCCAGUUGAAGCGCCAUUUCUAGUCGGCGCAUGACAAAUUUUCCGGGCACUCAAAGCAUGCCUGUCAUGCUAGGUAGGCAAAGGGGUGCCCUUCUCUCGUGCUAAUCAGUAGCCCAAUUCUGAACCCCUAGCAGGACAAUAGUCGGUCUCCAUUGUGUCCUCUGCAAUACAGUCUUUUUUGCCUUGCAUUUCAUGCAUCACACUUUGAGGAUUUCCAUUCUGAGGCUUUCAUAGGGGAUGCGAGACAUUGCCUUAUCCGCAGAUGAGCUCUCGCACGAGACUAUGCCUUGGACGGUCGUUAGCGUACAGAAGGGUGAAUUUGCAGUGAAUUUGUAUUGCAUUUAUUGCUUUAAAAGAGAAGUACGCAGCGCAAAGGGCUGGACACGAGCCCAAGCAGCCCACGCAGCGUGAAGGGCUGCUCGUUUGCGGCCCACACAGCCACAGCAGCCUUUUCGACGUGACCCCCAGGUUAGGAAUUCUCUUGGUGAAUUUUGGGGCUUUUUGUUUUGGCGACACUUUUUUGAAGCCCCAAAACCCGGAGUUUCUCGUGCGUUAGCGAAUUUUGAAUAGGCACCUUGGGCCAAAAUUCACCCACGGCUUUUUCAAAAUUCACCUCAAAAUUCACCGGGCCCCCAGUUUCGACCGUAAUAAGCAAACUUUAGCGCAGAAAAGUGCUCAAAAAAGUGCACAGGUAGGGCCUGGGAAGUGGGACCGAGGGGAAAAGACAAGCGCCCUCUGCUGCCCUCGGCCCGUCUAUAUUCUGCCGAAAAGGCCGGGAGAGUUCACGCGCCUGCCGGAUAGAAGCGCCAAAGCUCUCGGCCUCGUCCUUUCGCCCUUGCCUUCGCGCGGCCUUCGUCUUGCGUAAUUGUAUGUGCUCCGGAGCCCUUAUUUUUGGCGUCUUUGCCGCGGCUGUUGCAGUGCUCUUAUGCGAGCACAGGGAGACGAAAUUGUAUGGCUAUGGCCAAAGAACGGCACCAAGGCCAUGUCUAGAAGAAGCUGCCCGCCGCAUAAGCCUGGACAACUUCUGCGGUGUGCAGAACCCACUUCCCAGAAGGGCAAGAGGAACAAUGUACCGGCGGACCCACCUGCAAUUUGUCAUGCAAAAUUCACUACAAAUUCGCAACUUCUCAUGCUAACGGGUGUUACAGCUCUAACCUCUACAAGGGGAUGCGAGACAUUGCCUUCUCCGCAGAUGAGCUCGCGCGCCGCGGUAUCCUGACGAGUAAAAACGUACCCACACCAGAGUCAGGAUGGGGAUUUUGCAACACAAACCUAGGAGUUUUGUGAGUCACGCAUGACAAGUUGCGCUAUGCAGUGUAGUGCAGGUUAGCAAGUGCAGCCGCAUCACAGAUUCUCUUCUCAUCCUGUUCACAGCAUCACGAAUUCAAAAACGCGAUUGGAAAUGGCUGUCAGGGGGAUGCGCAUUACAAGUCUUCCUGUCUUUGCAAAUCUGCAUUACAACUCUGGUGUGGGUACCUUUUUACUCAGGAUACGCGGCCCCACGGGGUUCGAGAUGGAGAAGGACGUGCAUCUGCCGAAUAUGGACAAGAAGAUAUCCUGAUUGAAUAAAACGUCCUCACUCCAUGAAGAUAAAAGUCAAGAUUGAAGAUGCUGUUUAUACUUAUAUAUAGGGAUUGUGUUCAUCUGCAAGACGAAUCCAGAACUUGUGGGACCCACGCAGAACAAGUUUCGCUAUAAUGCAGUAUAGUCGUGCCUACGGACUACUCCAGAUGCAUCGCAACUUCACGUUAUUAUCCUAAUUCACGCAUGGCAGAUCAUUCCUAAACCAACGCUACGAGAAAAUGCCUCUUCUAGAGAGCCGCGGGUGGGAAACAUCCUGAGCAUGUGCAUGUGCUUUUGCGCCAAAACAAGUCUCGCCCACCUCACCUGCGUGUUUUUCAUGCCAUCUGCAGCAUAGGGUAAGGGGGGAAGAAAAGUGUGUUGCGCCUCGUUUUUGACCAUGAAGACAAAAUCUGGGGUAAGGAGGCUUUUACUCAGUGUAAAGAAACCUGGUGCGCAAGAUUUCCGUGCGGUGCGACGGGCUGGUGGAAAGCGGAACAGCGGAGAUAUUUCACAGAAACGUGCAGUCGUACCACGACAUAAAUUUGUUUUGCUAUAAAUAUAAAUGCCAAUUGGCCCUGCUGAGCGCUGAAAACCGAAACGCUGCAAUGCGGAAACCAGAAAAGAGGCAGUUUUCUGUUAUGCACAGUGCCGCUUGGACAAAUCAAAUGGAUAAUGCGGUUUGGCUUUGGCGAUUACAGGGGCCGCGGUUGUGGCGAAAAAGUUUGUCAUCCCGAACUACAGCCAAAAUAAGAAAGUCCUUGUGGCACCACGAAAAAAUUCGCAACACAUCUCAAUUUUUUUCUCUCGGUACGGGUGUACUUUUUUUCUCUAGUACAAGAGAAGUGGUUGUGUCGCAACUGCCACUCCACCCUUGGGCUGCUAGUUCCCGAGCGCGGGUUUUUCGUGUCGGGUGGGCUAAUCGAUGAUGGCGAUUACUCCGACGCGCGCAAGGGCCGCAUUCCGGCGCCGGAUCUGUGGCCACAGUUGAUCAAAUUGGGCUCGCUCGACAACCCGAUUGUGGAUUUGCAAUACGAGCGCCGCGCGCCUUGGUACGGGCAAACGGCCGAAGCCCUGCGGGCGGCGAGUGAAAAAAGGAAGAGCGAUGCUGUUCUUCUGGGGCGACGUGCCAGCGGCGGAAGAAGUACAGCAAAUGAGACCUCUAUGGCGAAUGUGAUGGAAAGAGCCUCAAGCAGCACAGGGACCGAUCGAACUUUGUCGAAGUCAGAAAACAGAUCCGCGUCGAAAGAUUCUUCGGGUGAGGGAGCGGAGGUGGUCACCGGCGGGUGUUAUUGUGGGGCAUGUAGGUACCACAUAUACGGCACUUUUCCUCGGGAGUUGCAGCAUUGCUACUGCUCAUGGUGCAGGAAAUUAAGUGGCGGACUCUUCCAAACAUGGGCGCCCGUACUGACUGCAAAUCCGAGCGCGGCUCUUGCCGCAGGCAACAGCAAAACUGUAGCGGGUACGACUGGUGCUGGUGCAGCUGUUGUAGAGGGACUUGUUUGGAAUGUCACAGACGGCUUCGGAGAUGUAGUAAACGAGCAGGAGUCCCCAUUGCUGCUAGACAGAACUUCGCAAUGGGGCUCUCGGCAUGUCUGUCGCAAGUGUGGCACGGUGCUCUCGAUCGUGUACGACUCGCAGCCCGGGGUGGUUUGGAUCGCAGCCGGGAGCUAUGACGAUAGCAGUAUCCCGGGUGAUUCCCGUCUCGAAAAGUAUGAGUUUGUAACCUCCAAGCUCGCGCGAGCCAUCCACAUCUGCUGUCUUAGUAAGCAGCCAUGGUAUGAGCUACCAGAGGACGGCUUGCCACGCAUUCGAUAUGCGGGCUAGCAGGGUCCUGAAUGUUGAGUGCGGGACCACGAGCGCUAGUUCCGUGAAGACGCAUGUUGCACCUCAAGAACUAUUGGCUGACGCUGUUGAAUUUGAAAUAUGCUGUACGUGUGUGUGCCUGCCUAAUUGCUAAUGCUAUCGUUUCGUCGUUCCACUCGCAACAACUGUUUAUUUCUUGUAUGAUGCAUGUAAGUAUGUAGCUGUACUACUACAACAUACUCUUCUACUUCUGCGUACUGAAGAAACAAGAGAAUAACGUC